AUGAAAGAAGGAGAAUCCGUUGAAGAGAUGUUUGCCAGAUUUAGCAAAAUCAUUAGAGAUCUAAAAGCUUUUGGCAAACCAUACUCAAGUGAUGAUCAAGUUAGGAAAAUUCUGAGAAGUCUACCCACUACUUGGCAGACAAAAGUAGUUACACUUGAAUCACGGGAUUUGAACAAAUUAUCAUGCGAUGAACUUCGAGGAGAACUUAUAGCUUUCGAGAAAACUCAUCUCAAGAAAACAAGCCAAAAAAAGAAGAAGAAGAAAACAGUUGCUUUCAAGGCUACAACUGAAAGAGUAGACAAUGAUAUUGAUGUCGACCCUGAAGCUCUUCAAGAAGAAAUUGCCAUGGUAUCAAGGAAUAUGGAUGGUUUAAUGAGGAUAUACAGGAAUACAAGAAGAGGCAUGAUACUAUCCAGGCGAACUAGGCAAUAUAACGAACAAGACAAAAAUGAUGGCAAAUGCUAUGAGUGUGGAAGAUUUGGGCAUGUUCAAGCUGAAUGUCCUGAUCUUAAAAGAAAAGUUUUCAGAGGUUUCAAAAAGAACAAAUCAUUUGGAAGCCAGAGCGAUGAAGACAGUUCAGAACACGAAGAGAUAGCAAAUCUAUGCUUCAUGACAAUUCUGGAAAACGACAUGAACAAACUCUCAGGGUGCUGGACAGAUGAGGACACUUCAGAUGACAAAUGCAAAGAUGACAAUGAGAACUGUUUCAUGGCACGAGAAGAAUCACUACAUGUUAUCUUUGAUGAAAAUAACACUUCGGCUAAGAAAGGAAUUAUUGCAGGUGAUGAAGAUCAAAUUCAAGAAAUUCAGGAGACAAGCAAAUCCCAAGAGUCAGCUAAUAAACCUGAUGGUGUCAUGGAGUCGACUAAUGAGGUUAUGAACAGUCAAUCAGAAUCUCCGAAGGAGUCAACUACUCAUACAAGUACAAUUCGUCCAAAUGAACGGAGAAGUGAACCUGAAUAUCCUCAAAAGCUUAUCAUAGGAGACCCAAACGAAGGAAUAAAAACAAGGGGAGCUCUCAAGAAGAAAGCAAACAUAGCAUUGAUUUCCCAGAUUGAACCAAAGAAAAUAAAGGAAGCUCAGAAAGACUCAAGCUGGUUACAAGUAAUGCAGGAAGAGCUAGAUCUAUUUGAACAAAAAAUCAAGUGUGGAAACUGUUGCCUAAGCCUGAAAACGUUCCUGUAA